AUGGUUGAUAUCAAGUUGCUUUUGCAGUCCCCUGCAGAGGGAAUCGCGUCAUAUCUUCGCGACGAAAUGAAUAUACAACAUCCAGAUGAAAUCACAGACGAACUCUUCACCGCUGCCAAGACUGACCUCAUCCCUCCAACAGUGGUCGACGCUUGGCUUUCUAUUGCUUCGAAAUCCGGAAAUACUAUAGCUCUUGCGUUGCAGCAAGAUUUCUCGGUGAAUUUGCGGUCAACUGCCAUCAAGAGGUUUGCCAAACAAUUACGUGGAGACCGAUACUGGACCCAAAAUUGGACAACACUGGGAGGAACGCAAGGAGUACUUGAUCUUCUAAGUAAAUUCUCAAUCACACAUCUCAAAGACUUUCUUCGACAGAUAUUACGGCGUAUGCAUGGUGGCCAAUCCGAUGCCAAACGGGUGAUGAUCACCGAAUUGCUGAAGGGCCUCCUUCCUGAUCUCUACCCAGAUUCCCCGUUCAGAACCACAGACACUCGACCGCUUAUCAGCACUUAUGCCUUACUUGUCCCAUCUUGUACUCCCGAAUUUGUAGAGGAACUACUUCGGGAUGAGAACAGUCCUUUGCUCAAGAGCGCUCUUGAUCGUCCAAGCUUUCCGGAGAAUCUUCUCAAACAACAUCCAGGCAUUCUUCGCGUAAAAUGCAACGAGGAAAUUUUUGAGAACAAAAAGUCCAACACUAUCAAACCUUUGGACUACUUGCCAUCUGUUCUCGAAGCUAAGAAGUACCAAGAUGUACGCAGCAAAACCUCAGGUUGGACGGAAUCCAUGCUCUACUCGGUCAACCUGCUCAAGGAAUUGAUCGCCCAACCACAAAUUGAAGUUAGAGGCCACAAUGUGGUGAAGAUCCUGAUUGACCCUCUUUUUGUGAAAGCAAAGAAGAAGAAGUUUGAUGCUGCUAUGACGGGGGAGCUCAUGGAACUUUACAUCGCCUACAUCUCAUCCCGCCCAGCUGAGUCGAAACAUGUGUCGCUCCGUGGCACCUUCAUAGAGUUCGCUAUACGAUGUUGGGCUAAAUAUCCUCAAAAAAGACAAGAGUUCGAACGCCGCCUUAUCACCAUGUUGAAAUUCAUUGCCGCAGAUCGCCAGCACCCAGAUUCUCAAACGUAUCAAAUUCUGGUGGACAUGGUCUUGGGCUCUCUCAGGUGGCGACUUUUAAAGAUUUUGAUCAUGUAUACCCAGAAAGAUAACCCCGAUAUCGAAAGCGAUGAUGACCUACGAAAUGUCAGCCAAUACAGUUGGAGCAUUCGUUUGCUCUACACGAUUGGCCACCCUUGGAACGUUUCUCUUCUCCGCAAGCUUAUUAAAAUACAUGGUAACGAUAUGUUUCUUCGUUCAGACGGUUUUGUGGACUACAGCAUCUUCAACAACAUGGUUCGCGGUAGUAAAGUGGACGCUGUCUCGGUUCUUACCGACCUUGAAAUUACUCAUCCAGAUUCCGAUUACCAGAAAAGUUUCGAGCUUGCUCAAGAGCAGGUCAAAGAGCAAAAGUCCCGAGCCAAUAAAUGCAGAGAUCAGGCAGAACGGGCUGGCUAUGCCCGUAAUGCGCUUCGAUAUGCCAUUUUGAGUGGGUCGCUACAGCUCUAUGGAGAGACUUUGCAGUACAUCAACCGUUUUAUAAAGGAUCCGCUUACCGUUAAAACAUUAUUCUCGCAAGACAUUCUCCACAGCCUCAAGUCAAUCAGACUACUGUCUGGUAUUCCUGUGGAAUACAAUGUUUCUUCGCUGACGAAGCUGGACCUAAAAUUGAUACACGAACGGGUGCUAGAAGCAAACAAGUUAAUCUUCAAACUUUUCGAAACAUCCUGUUCAGCUUUGAAGGAACCUUCAUUCGCAGCUCAUCAAUGGAAAAGUGCUGCAACUAUACUUGGACCAGUCAUGGACCACCGCUUGACACUUGCGAAGAUGCUUCACACAACCAACGGUGUUACCGAUGAGCAAUUGAAUAAAUUGUUCUGGGAAAACACACUGGAGCUGGCCAUCCGGAUGGAGAGAAUAUGUUUGGAACCUGAAUAUGAGCGUCUGGAAUUGCAAGUCCCAUCGGGACCACUAAACUUGCGGUACCAGCUAGAUGAUGUGGAUGAAUUGGACUCGACUUAUCGCUUCGUUGAGGACUAUGCAAGAGCUAGAGAUGGUUUGUGGAAAGAGCAUCGCCCGUCUGUAAAUGCUUCAGCUGCUAUCAUUCCUCCUCCACUACCUAGGGGUCUACCAAUUCAUUGCUUGACCAAGAUAAAUGUCGGUCACGAUUUUGCUAACAAUCGCACUCCAUGGUUGCUUGCACGAGCCAAAGCGGUCGUAUUCGCUGGUGAAGAAUCUCUAGCUCCAAUUACGGAAGAUCAAGAUUUAUUGCGUGCGAUAGGACGGUUCGUAGAUGGCUAUGAGGUCGCUCUAAAGCUGUACGUCGACCAAGGACCAACUGAGGAAGCACAAAAAGAACGUUCUGUUCUCGCAUGGAAUCACGCAAUCAAAAACCUGAGUCCGGGAAUGACAAAUGAAGAGGCCCAUCGCAAGUGGAGAGUCAACUACAAGAAAUUCCUUCCCGAAUUUGAGAUCGUUGAUCCAGAUGAACAGCGCUGGAAGUCUGUUACUUAUCCAGUUCUGCCUUUCAAAUCGCCUAACGAAACCUUUCAGGAGUGGGAUCCUCUAGAUGAGUUUCGACCUUUUCCUGAAAUCAAGUCCAGGAUUCUUGAACCAGUCACUUAUUUAGACUGCUCUGUUUACAACGAUCGUUGGUCAAGUGUUAAUUUCGAAAAGUCCUCGUCUUUUGAUCCACCAACACCAAAGACUGUCGGCGUUCCAUCUCGUGCUGGAGAUCUUUGGAAGCUAGAAAGGUUGACCAACUCGCAACUCCGACAGCCCGAGGUUCGAGAAGGCUUCAUCGUCGCCGCACUUCAGUACCUAGAAUUACGUCUAGAGCCUGCAGACAGUAAUGAGUACAUUCUCAGCAGGGCAUUUCCGGAGGAGACAGAUCAUCGCUAUCCAAAACUCUGGUUGGAUGAGGCGGCCAUCGACAAGAACUCGACUGACAUCGCGGGCCCCGUACAUCUUCUGAAGCUCUUGUCCGACACGACGCCCCCCAGCCUUUUGCUCAAACUAACCAGUUCUGCAUUUAACAAAUUACUGAAGGCUGGGCCCGAAGAAUCUACAGCUCAGUUAGGCGAGAUUGUGUAUCGCCUUGUAUCUCUGCUGGGGCAUAGCGACCGCCCACAUCUCGCAUAUCCCUUCAUUCUUCAAGCUAUGAUGAAACUUCCAAGUGCCAGUGCUUGGCACAGACAACUCUUGUCACAAACGUUCCUAAAUGGCCUGUCCCCGAACCAAGCAAAGGCUUUCUUUCGUCUAUUUGCAGAUUCAAUAUCGCAAGCCUUGAAAGAGGCCCAAGAAAGAGCGCGGAAAAAGGCACAACAAAUUUCAGAGGAGAUGAUUCUCGUCGACAGGAAGCCUGAAUCCUCCAGUGAUGCACCUGCAAAAAAAGUAGAGCCCUUUGUUAAAAUCACUACUAUUAAAUAUCUCGCCCAGCUUCUGGAUUCUCCGCCCUGGAUUCCUGAGGACUUCUCGGUCGAUAUACUUGUGCAGCUUUUCAAGGACUCGAACCACAUUGAUGUUCGAGUUGCAAUUGUCAACAGCAUCAUUGCAAUGCUCGAGGCAACCGUCAUCGGAGGCCAGGAUGAUCUCGAAGAACGGCUCAUUGCUGCGCUCGAAAUGACAAUUCCAGUUGCCACCCGUUUUGAUGAGGCGGUCAAUCUUACUGACGCCGAUUGGGAUGAAGCGAGACGUACUGAAAUUUUGCCUGAAGCACAUGAUAUCAACAGAUCACUGACUCCGGGUCGAUCUCUUCCUCCAAUUUUUGCAUUAGUUGCUAAAGUUCUUGGAUCUGAACUCUCUCCUGAGACUCAAUCUAAGAUUGUAGAUCGAGUCAUCGUUCCAAUCAUUCAUGGAUCUAUAGCGACAAAUACCAAGUGGUUAGAAAUGUACGCUGAGAAGCAUGAUAUUGACUUUCAACACCUUAACCUUCCCCGUUUACCUGUCAAACCUAUCUUUCUCAAGACACUUCUCAGGGUGGCACACACCACACGCAAGGAGAUUCUAGAUCUACACUACAACUUCGUGGUUAUUAACGUCGAGCCACCUCGGGAGGUUGUGGAUUUCAAUAAAAGGCUUCGAGAUGAUCCCAGACUUGUCGAGCUCGCGGAACACAAACAUUGGCUCUCACUCUAUGGGCAAGGAGACAGAGUCCAUGGGUACGAUGGUCUCUCGUUUGCAACCCUACCCAGCCGUUUACGAGACACCACAAUGCUUUCUCAAGCACAAAACCAAGCUUUCAACAUCUUCCGAACACUUCUUGAUCACUCCGCCUUCGAAGCUACCUCAUUCAUGUCCUAUCUGACUGUUCCGUCCCUCGAGAGUAGCGAAAAAGCUCAAACCUGGGAACGCGCUAGCAAAAUAAUCCUCGAAAAAGCUCUUGCUUGUGUGAAAAGCCUUCGAACACCAGAGUGGCAACGAGAUGAGCAUCGCAAACCUAAAACUCUGCCAGACACAUUGGAAUGGCAGUCCUCGCUCCUUCCAUACCCACAGCUUGAUGCUUCGUCUCAAGACAUCAGAGCCUUUACCGACGCUUACCAUGCAUGGAUAUCGGGUAUCGUAACAGAUACUCAACCCUACCACAACAACCUGACUCACAUCAAAUUCCCUCUCAACCAUCUUCUCGGCGAACACAAAGCCGAAGUCGCAUGUAUAUUGGGCCAACUCCGUGAUAAAAUGUCGCCAAUCGACUUUCUCUGCCUCGAACUAUCCGAGACCCUAUUCGGCCACGCAAAGGUCCCAAGUCACGACGGCGUGACCGAAGUUUCCAAAGACAUUAUGCGAAGUUGGAAGAGAAGCAAUCUAGAAUGGGUCCGAAAAAUCGGGAGCAGAAUGGAUUCGAAAUCCACGUUUACGAAUGAGGCGUGGAGGGUAUGUGUCUUGGGGAAAUCAGGUACGUUAUAUGGCAAACUCGGUGGGAGGGCCCCGGGGUUUGGAAGGAGUGGACUGAUUGGAAGUAAUAGUUUAGAGACGGGUCACAUUUAUCAUGCAUCGGAGUCGUCAACAAAUAGCUCUGGGUCGUCGACGGGCGGGUCUGAUAGGAUGGAUAUUGAGCUUUCAAGUCGGGCUGAGAAUUUGAGAAUUGAGGGUAUGAGACUGAGGCAGAUCGCGGCUAUUAGACGGGGAUUAGGAAGAGGUAGAGGUAGAGGUAGUGGAAGGGGUGUAAGGAGGGGUAGAGGAAGGAGUACGGAGAGAGGUAGAGGUGGAGGUAGAGGUCUCAGAAGAGCCAGAGCCAGAGGUGACAGUGGAAGGGGAUCUAUUAGUGGGCCUCCGGGAUUCGAUAAUAUGGAUUGGGUGACCUAG